AUGAACCAUCUCUACGAGUCAGUCACAAGCUCAGAACCGCAGAAUGACAAGGUUUUGGGGGAAGAGAUCAAAAGACCGUUGAGAAAGGGAGAAUUAUUCUGUCUGGCGAUCAGCAUGGGAAGUCUACAAGUGACCUGGGUGACUAUUAUGGCGGAAGGCUCACCGUUUCUUCUCUCCCUCGGACUUGUACCGUCCCUUGUCUCCCUGGUCUGGCUUGCCGGCCCAGUAUGCGGCACCCUCCUCCAACCAUUCAUCGGAUACAAGAGUGAUACGUGUACUCACCGAUGGGGCCGUCGAAAGCCAUAUAUAAUAUACGGAACGCUGGUUGCAUUUGAUAACCAAAUCGCUAGCAAUUUUCUGGGUCUGGGCAUGAAUAUCUCGCUUCAGCCAGUUCAAGCAGGCCUCAGAGAACUCACUGUAGAUCACUAUCCAGAUAGGCAACAGGCUGAAGCUGGCACAUUUACCAGCUGCAUCAUUCUCAUUGGCAGUUUGAUCGGUUACGGCGCUGGGUUCCCGAAAAUUCCCAUUCCAAGUGUGCACGGGUUGAUCGAGAAUAUACAGUUCAAAGGCCUUUGUCUGAUUGCCUUUCUAAGUCUGGGAAAUGAUUCACGCUUAGCAAGUGUUCCGGGAAGUUUACAAAACAGCAGCAGAUCUUCCUCCAACAGUGAAGAUGGUUUGUCUUGUCCAGUUCUUCUCUUGGCUAGCUUGGUUUCCUUUUUUGUUUUACGGCGCGACAUACCUGAGCAAACUUUGUCGGUUGAGCUCAUUCCUGAUGUUGCGUUUUCUAUUAACCAUAAAUCCACCAUAGACAAGUCCAACAUUCUCCUUAUCAAAAAUGGGGCCUCCUUCCAACCAGUUCUACAACGCACUGCAUGA